CCCCUGCGAUAGAGCACUAAGUGGGGACUUUUAGUGAUAUCAGGGGGUGUGCAGUUUGGACAGUAAUCCAAGCCAGUUCAAACAGCCCAAAUAUAUCCACAGUCACUCUGUGGUUGGGGAUUGAGUGGACAUGUGGAUGAAGACUGGCGCUAGAAUAAAGACCAAAGAAUAACAGAAGCAAAGAAAGUUUAGAAUCUCUGUUUUAUCUUUGUCUGGGAUGAACUUCACUUUGGGCUUCAAACCAGCGAUGGGAGACUCAAGUUCAGUGGAGAACUUGGAGAAACAGCUCAUUUGCCCCAUCUGUCUGGAGAUAUUCACCAAGCCUGUGGUCAUCUUACCCUGCCAGCAUAAUCUCUGCAGGAAGUGUGCCAAUGAUGUUUACCAGGCCUCCAACACUCUUUGGCAAAACCGGGGCCCUGUAUCUACAGGGGGACGUUUCCGCUGCCCGUCUUGUCGUCACGAGGUGUUAUUGGACCGGCACGGUGUAUACGGCCUUCAGAGGAACCUGCUAGUGGAGAAUAUCAUUGAUAUCUACAAAUCAGAGUCUACCAGGCCACUCCUGCCCAAAACAGAGCAACAGCAGCUGAUGUGUGAACAGCAUGAGGAGGAGAAGAUCAACAUCUACUGCCUCACCUGUGAGACACCAACAUGCUCCAUGUGCAAAGUGUUCGGGGCUCACAAGGACUGCGAUGUGGCCCCGCUGCCAGACGUCUACAAGAGACAGAAGACAGAGCUAAGUGAUGCCAUAGCCAUCUUGGUGGCCGGAAAUGACAGAACACAGGCCCUGAUCUCACAGAUGGAGGAUAUUUGUAGGACAGUCAAGGAAAAUGGUCACCGGCAGAUGCAGUACAUCUCUGAUAAGUUUGAUGAACUUUACGCCAUCCUAGAAGACCGCAAAAGGGAACUAAUAGAGACUGUCGGCCAGGAGCAGGACCAAAAACUGGGCCAUGUGCGCUCCCUUAUCCGUCGCCACGGAGAUCACUUGGAGAUGUCCGUCAAACUUGUAGAGACAGCCAUCCAGUCCAUGGAAGAACCUCAAAUGACUGUGUUCCUGCAGAGUGCAAAGGAAGUGUUCAAGAAAAUCACAGACACUGCCAAGGCUUCCAACAUUGAGCGGACGGAGGCGGGCUACGAGAGCAUGGCCCACUUCAUCAUCAACACGGAGGAUGUGGCCGACAUGCUGAGAGGCAUCGACUUCCAAACAGGUGAAGAUGGGGAAGACAGCGGUGAUGAAGCCCCUGAAGACCUGACCACCUCACCUGGUCAGACUGGUGAAUCAGGGAGACUCGUAUAACUUAUUUUUAAACCCAAGGUUAAUUUCAAAGAUGAUGUUUCCUUAAAGGAACGGUUCGCCCAAAACGAAAAUUCAUUUAGUCACCCUAAUGUUGUUCUAAAUCUGUCUGUCUUCUGUGGAAUCUAACGCCAAUGUUCUAUUGGAUGGACAAAAAAAAAAUUCAGAAGUCCUUUAAGGGGUUUAGACUUUGUUACAUGUUCUAACUUUUAUUUAUGUUCAUGAUGGUCUGAAAACCAUUUUGAACUGAACUCUAUAAAGCCUGCCAAAUCAUAUUUGAUACUCCAAUUUUUAAGGACUCUAAAUGAUCCAUACUUUGCCGCUUUUUGUCAUCUAUUUAGCAAGUACAAGGCCUUUUAGUAUAAUUCUGAAAACGUCCACCGUCUGGUACAUGUGUCUUUUUGCUGUACAAUAUUGCUGUGAAAUCAGAUUUUUAUAAAGUAAACGUAAGAAUCAUUUUAAUGUUGUGAGUAAUAUUUAAAAGUGAAUACUUAAUGGACUGAAGCAAGUAGGUUUGCUUGAUUAUCCACACGUCAUUUCUUUUUUAGAAAAAUGUGAGUAUCGAAUAUGAUGCAUCAGGAUUUUGACUUUUAGUAAGGUUUAUAUUUGCAAAUCUCUCAAUCAUCAUUGCGUCGUAUUAUAUGCUGUGCCCCCCACAAUACAAACUACAGAGCUUUGAUCAUAAAAUUAAACAUUUAAAUAUCAUCUUCCUAAAACAUUAUUGGAAGAUAUAGAGUGAUGACUGAUUUAGAUACAUUUUAUGGAAGUAGUCUGUUAUUCUGUUUUGAAAAUCUUAUUGAUUUACUGUACAUUACAAGCUAUUAGAAUUUGGACUUACUUUUUGGCCAUAUAAAUAUCAGCAACAGCACCAAAUUGCUUAUUUUCGCCCAGUUUGGGCUUCACCCUUUUUAAUCCUCAAGUAUGAGCUCCAUAUUCUCCUAUAUCAUAUUAUAUGAGGCAUAAAAAGCCUUAUGUAUCAAAUGUGAUACUUAAGAAAAAAACACAUGCAAACACAAAGAUUAUUUCAUAUGUCAGACUUUACAGGGUUAAACUAUUACCGUGAAUCUGCCAGAUCAUGCAGACGUCCCAUCCUGAUGACGUGAUGAUUCUUGGCAACAUUGACACUCAUUGUGUUGAGUACACUCGUCAUCUCCCAACAAACCCUAUUAAAUAUUCGCUGACUAAAGCCUCUGUAAGGCCACCAUAGACACUUGGAUCUGUUUUAUUCUCUUUUAUAGACAUGAAAUACUUAGGACAUACUGUAUGAGGACACUAAAGUCGCACUUAAAAAAUGUAAAAACAGUGUAUGCCUUUGCUGUAUAUAACAAAAAAUAGGACAUUAUUUUAAAGAAAUAUAGCAAAAUAUACUUUUGAAGUAAAAGAUUUCACAAAAGUUUGUUUUUAAUUAUAAAUCAAUAGAUAGUGGAUUGUUCAGAACUAAAUGUAUUAAAUAACAUUUCAACAUUAAGGGUCACCAAAGGAUGCAGAGCUCCAAAAUGAACAAAAAGCACCUUAAAAUGAUUUCUUCAAAGAGAAAACAGGCCAAAAUUGAAGUUGUUAUUCAUAGAAACCCGUAAUCUCUACUGCAUCUCUUAAUUAAUUCUUAGUCAGUGCUCCUUUUCUUGUCUAAAUGCAUUGAUUUAAAUUUCAAUCUCUUCCUCACUCCCUUGCUUUCAAGCUUUCAUAUGGCCUUAGUGAACUAGAGUGCACAAGUAGACUAAUUAGACUAAUUAAUAUAUAUUUUAUUUGACACUUUUCUAACAUUUUUUCUGAAAAUACAAAACAAUACAGAAUCCCACAAACUGUGAAAAGAAGAAAAAUAAAAAAACACAUGCACCAGAUACAGUAAAAAUACAAACCAUAAAGCCUUACUUAAUCAGAAAAACGGAUUCUUUCAAGCUUGAGGGCAGCAACCAUCUCAGCCAACCAUUUAUGAAAGCUGGGUGGUAAAGUGGACUUCCAAUCCAUCAAUAUCACCCUUUUAGCCACCACCAUACCAAACAUAAGAGACAAUUUCUGAGAAUGUGUCAAUGCUAAUGUAUGGUCAGAACAUCCAAACAAAGCUAAUUCAAGAUCUGGACUGAUGUCUUCUCCAAAAACAUUUGAGUACCACUGAAAAAUAUUUUUCCAGAACUCAGAAAUCUCAGGGCAAAACCAAAAAGUAUGAGCAUGCGUCCCAUCCGAGCUCCUACAUCUAUCACAUAGUGGGAAACUGAAGGGUAAAUUUUAUUGAGUUUAGUCUUGGUAUAAUGUAACCUAUGCAGCACUUUAAACUGUAUAAGUUGUAAUCGUGCAUUAAUAGAGCAGGUAUGAACACGUUUCAGGCCCUCCUCCCAGAUCUCUUUGGAAACAUUAAUUCCAGUUUCAUUUUCCCAUUCUACUUUAAGGUGAUCUGAAGACACUGCAAAAUGAGAGACGAACAAAGCAACAAACUGAGUCACCAAGUGUUUGCUCAUAGGAGAUUGUCGCAAAAAAUUAUACAAAUCAUGAUCUUGUGGUAAUUCCUGAAACUCAAUAAAAGAAUGUUUUAUAAAGUGACGCACCUGUAGAUAACGGAAAAAUGAUGACUGAGAAAGAUCAAAGAGUUUACACAAGUGUUCGAAAUUUCCUGUCUAUAUAGAAGUCCUUAACUGUGGUCAGUCCUUUGCCUCUCCACAAUGAGAAUACCUUGUCCGACUGGCCAGGUAAGAAAUUAUUGUUAUCGCAAAUGGGCAGGUGUACUGAGGGACAUGUAAUAUUCAAAGCAGGAGUUGAGCACAACAAAAUUUUUACAUUGAGGGAUGCAGUUUUAGAGAAAAGAAUAGCAGCUAAGGAGCUACCAACAACUGACCGAGCCUCCACAUACAACCAUUUGGGUUGUGAAUCCAUCGAACUGUCAGCAGCUUGGUCACUCAUCUGCCAAAACAUCAUAGCCCUGGCAUUAGUGGCCCAGUAAUAAUGACGGAACACCGGUAGCGCUAAGCCACCUAACUCUUUCGGCUUCUGCAAAUGGGCCUUAGAAAUUCUAUGCACUUUAUAUCCCCAGAUAAAUGGCAAAAUGACAGAAUCUAAUUGUUUAAAAAAAGAAUGUGGCAGAUACACAGGAAAGUUCUGAAAAAGAUAAACAAAGCGAGGCAGAGAGACCAUUUUAAUGGCAUUGACCCGACCGAUUAAAGAUAAUGGAAGAGCCCUCCAUUUAUCAAUAGAUAAUUUUAACUUAUUUAUGGCUUCUGUGAAAUUUACCCUAAUAAUAUGUUUACAAUUUUUUGGGAUGACUAACCCUAAAUAAGUAAAGUGAUCCUCUGAAAGUCUAAAGGGUAUUGACCUCAGAAACUGAGCAUCCAGCCCUUCACCCAAAGACAAAUAUACUACAUUUGAUGUGAUUUAUUGAUUUAGUUAGUCGUUUUUGAAGCUCAACAGCCCCUGAUCACCAUUCACUUUCAUUAUGUAUUUGAUCAUUUUUGUUUAUCUUUGUAAUGAAUCAGUCAUAUUUGGGACAACAUGUGGGUGAGUAAACAUACAAAACUUACUAACCAAGGUGUAAAAGAGGCAUACUACAAACAGGGCUUAACUUGGUAAAUAGCAUUUGCUCAAAAGACAUUUCCUCUUUGAACCGUGGGUAUCCUGUCUUGCAGGGGCAUCCCCACCUGUGCGUGCUUUCUUUAAAUAACCGUUCCUUUUACUUCAUUUUAAAGGUCAGAAACCUCAGUUAAUCAGGGCAGCGUGGGCCAGGACAGCAUGCAGCUUUCUCUCUGGUUCUUUACUGAUCUGAUAGGACCGUGUGUCCGUACAGUAAGAGCAGUGUUGAGAACAGGGCUAAAUCGCAGUGGCAUGCCCUCGGCUUCUGAUGGUCCGUCCGCCCCCACCUGCGCUCGAGCCAUGAAUCUACAUCCACCAAUUACUUAAUAACCGCUCGUCUCUGUGCCACCAGCUAGGAUAUAUGGCAGUGCAGAUAUAUGACACGUGCUCACAGACGCUGACCUUGUCACUCGUGCUGGCAGCCCACUGAUCAAUUCAUGGAGGGAAAGAGAGCGAGAGAGUCAUUCGGUCUGGGUACGUGCUCAACAACUCCACACAUGGAGUGCUUCCACUCGGAAUGAGGAUGGAUCUUAUUUUGAGGACGUGGUGCGUCACAAGCUGACGUACCGGCCUUCGCGUAAUUGAAAGCUGUAAUUCUUCCUAGAAUAAGAGGAUUUUUUUGGGGUGUCAGAAGCAGGAUGGAGAGCCAAUCCUCUCCAUCAGGAUGGAUGAGAUGCGACUUGUUUAACAGUUACUUGAUCUUAAUAUAAGUUUGCUUUCUUCGUUUUAUGCUUAAAUGGCUUUAGAUAUGAAAAACAAACAGUUUACGUAACAUGCAGUUUGCACAAUGGCACUUCCUAAGAAAUGAGUGUUCAGUCAACAUACAUUCUUGCCAAUGCAAAGCACGCACUGUCCUCUCCCACUUGCCCCAUUUAUGACUAAAAUAGACUCGGUGUAAGUGGAAGAUUAUAGAAGACUUAACUCGUAUAUUUUAUUUUUCAUUUCCAGGGUAUUUCCUGUGCUGAUUUAAGAGAGACUAUAAGGAGGAGGUUUUCUUUAAUCCUUUCAACAUGGCAAGAGCUUCUUUCAUCUGGUAUUUUGUGGUCCUAAAACUCUGAGCUAUAGUUCAGUAAGAGGAAUUACAAAUGUCUUCAUAGCUUCUAUAUCCUGGAUGUUUAAAACUGUUUAUGAUGCUAUUUUUGGUCUUUUUUGAUCUUAAAAUGAGCUGAGGACUUAGGAAAUCAGAA